AUGCAAAAUCUAGUGAGUCUCGAGGAAAUUGCCUGCCUUCCGGGUGGCUACCAAGAUGAUCACGAAGCUAAGGGAUUGCAUUUGCAAGUGUUAGAUUUUCCUUCCUCUUUUUCAAGUUUAAAUGAUUCAGAAUUCUCCCUUCUGGACAUGGUGUCACAAAAUGAGAAUGCUGAUCAAGAGAUGCUUGAUAUCAUGGACAGUUUCACAUCGUUUCCGCAAACAUCGCCCCAAGAACACGAUUCCGUUCCUACACCUGAUAAUCACAUAUUUGAGUUUCAGACUUUCAAUGACUUUGGAGAGUCUGCUCUGUCACUGGAAAUCACCCCUACUUCUAGCCUAGCACAGGAUAAUGAUUACAUCUACUCUAAAGAUGGCCCGAUUGAAGAAAGCACGGCGAUGCUGGUCUCAAUGGCUACCGAAGAACCGAAAACCUUUCGCGAAUGGGAUUUGGUGACCGCAGAGGCAUCAAAAAUGGGCUCAUCGGCAUUUUAUGAAUCGCAAAAAGAAGAAUGUCUAAGUGGAGGACACCACAAGGGUAGUAAGAAAACCAAGUACACAAAUCUGCAAGUUUCCUUUAACGAGACUAUUCCAGAGAAGCUAAAUCACUGGCUCAAUCAGCAUUUUUAUCCAUAUAUUCAGCCCAAUGGUAUCACAUAUGCCAGGUUUCGCAAAGUGCCUGAAAACGAUGAGUAUAUCUACAAGAGAAACCCCAAAGCGGAGAUUUUCCUUCCACCACGGUACUCGAAUUCUAGUGCUAACUACUACGAGCCAUUGGUGGUGAGAUACAGAAAGUCACACCAGGAACGAGGUCAAGGAGACGGCGAGGGGCUAUGCCCAUAUUGCCAAUCUGACGAUUUGAGCGAGUUAUUUUUUGAAAGAAAAGAUUCUAAUUAUCUCCAUCACGUCACUAAACUACAUGGUGUCUAUUCUAACGGAAUGGAGAUGCCUUUUCCUCGAAUGAUUGGCGAAGCUUUGGAGAUCAAGCAUCUCAAGACUCGCGGGAGAACAGAGCGAAGAGUUCAUAGCGUCGAAUGCGAGAAAUGUCACGAAACUGUCAAGAUUCAGCAGCUGGACUGCGAUAAAGAAGGAAACAAGUUUUUAGCGUAUUUCCGUCACAUGCUAGUUCACAACGAAAAGAAAAAUGUGGGCAAGCGCACUUCAAAAUUUAGUUUAUUCAGUUAA